AAAAAAUAUCUACUUUACAAACUGACCCAAAAAUUUCUCAACCUCUAUCUACCUUGACUAGUAACUCACCUCUUCCUAAAUAUACAUACUCUGUCAAAACCCAACCCAACCCACAACUUAAACAAAACCUCUUAUCCCAAACUAUCUAA